AUGUUCAUCCGAACAGAAGAUGGCGAGGUUGUCCCUGUAGAUGACCUCUUUCUUGCACAUUGUAGCACUCUUGAUAAAAUGCGCCGCUUUUCUGCGUGCGAUGAAGAGGCAAUCCUGCCGCUAAGUGCGGUGCAGAGCCCGAUCUUGUUACUCCUGCUCCAGUUCGCCUCCGAGCUGCACGAACGGCGGGGAUGCAUCUGUUAUGUGGCCGGAGCAGAUGCAUCUGGUCCCCAAUUUGGAUCUGUCUUGUUUUCUGCAAGCCAGGAUCCAAAUGCGGGACCACCAGCCGCUUCUUUGCCCAAGCGCAGCAAGCCACUCAUCGAGGCAUGGAUUGCACGCGAAGCUCGAGCGCCUAACGGUCUAGCUGCUCAGUGCCACAAGUGGAUUUCCGAUUUCUUUUAUAUACUCGAUCAACAGACCCUUAUUGACUUUAUCAAUCUUGCCAAUCUGCUCGACUUUCCAGAGGCCAUUGAGCUCGGAUGCAAGCAGGUAGCUCUUAUGAUCAGGGGCAAGCAUCCCGAUGAAAUUAGAGCGCUUUUCAAUAUCGAGACGGAUUUUACCGAUGCUGAAAUGGCAGAAAUGCGACGGCAAUACCAAUGGGCCUCUGCUAUGCUCAACAAACCCCUCUAG